AUGGGGGCUAAUCCUUUAACAGGCGCUACUGUUUGGGAGGUUCUUGCGUCCAUUCUCGUCCUGCUCUCGAUACGCGAGUGCGAACCAUCACAAGAUGAAGUUGUCCAAAUACUGAAAGAUCCACAGUCGGAUGCCCAUCGUAUGAUUGCAAUCAUCUGGAAGUGGCUCGUUGAAAGGAAAGACAUCUCUGUUGGACAUGAACGAAAAUACAAUGACCUCUCUUUGAGCGCGAUAAUCUCACUGAUUCAAACACAAACGACCGGGAAGCAUUCGGCAAACGAGCCCGCCCUAGAAACAAGGUCCAAAAAGGAAGACUGGCUUCGAUUAUAUGUAUUGGAGGAGACCAUGUGGGAAUUGUUGGCUGGGCAUGGAGUCGACUACAAACGCCUUCCUCGAUCUGAAUGGAUACUGCUGCAAGGUAUUGCCUCCACCACAGGUAAUGGAAUUCUGCAGGGGGAUUUGGGUAGGUUGGUCGGCCAAGAUAAGCGAUCGGUCCCAAAGAGGACAAACUGCUUGGUAGAGAAGGGCUAUAUCACAAAGCGAACAAUUCUUGUCCGCGGUACCAAGACAAGCAAGCUCUGGCUCAGAUUUCUCGCACCUUCCACACCAGACGAAUCCAACGAAAGGGGAGAAGCAGAGACCGACAUCAAGCUCUCAAGAAAAUUCCUGGUCGAGAGUCUGGAGCCUGUCCCAUGGCACACUAGAUGGACGGGUGACUCUAUCGACUACAAAGUCCUUGCCACUACGAUCAUGGCAAUCUGCAAAGAGUGGAACGUUAUGCGCCUCCAGGAUUUGAAAUUAAAGCUUGGUGUGUUGGGAAUGAUAUGGCAGAUGAAAGUUGUCUCCAAGACAUGCAGGUUCCUCAAUGCUCGUGGCAAUAUACAAUACGUCGCCGCAAAGCUCGACAAUCGCAUUUUCAAGGACUGUAUUCGCUUCAGCCGGGACAUGAAUGCCAGGGAUUGGUCUAUUUUCCUAGCUACGGGCAAAAGGACUGCAAAAUCAUCGAAACCCUCCCCACGAGAGCAUGGGGACGAUGACGCUGGCGUGAGCGCUACCGCGAAGAAUGUCCGAGGCCUUGUGCCAUCGCACCGCCCGUCGUGGUCUAUUUACAUCCCGAUGACCUCUCUUGUUGCGCUUUGCAUUCAAGAAUCAGGAUCCGACGGGUUGACAAACCCGCAACUAUGCGCGAUGACGAUUGGGCCCAGCUUCACUCGCUAUCUGGCUGGGUUGACAGCCUCGAUAUCAGCAGACAACAUACAGCCAAGCAACGUAAAGCAUCUUGCUGUGAAGAGCGAGCGCGGUCGGCCUGGCAAGUCUGGUUCAUUAUACUGGUACUCUAUGGUGGACUCGCCACCCUCUAGGGAGGACAAUUCCCGCUUAGCAACCAGCAUUUCUAGCGAUCGAUCGCAGACGGACAUGCAACAUGGAAGCCAAAGUUUGUCUGUGCCGUACGAUUUUACACCUCUGACCGAGAGAAGUAGUCUCGCUCCGGCAUCAACGCUGUCACACCUGUGUCAACGCGGCCUGUCCAAAUUACAAAGAAGAGGUCGCCCAAAGAAGAUCAGACCGGAGCAACGAAGCAGUCCUCAAGACAUAGUUUCUCAAGAUUUGACAUCGAUACAAAACUCACCACAAAGAGGAAAUCGUGAGACCGCUGCUGAAUCCGCGGCCAGAGGGAAGGAAGGAGACCUUGAGUCAAACGUUCAUAGGCUUGAGGCAAAUUAUCACGAAGAGACUCGCGAACUGGAUCAUUCAGCUGAGUUGCCAGAGGCGAAAGUGCCGGAACCAAAGAUUCCCGCCCGAGGUCGUCCGAAAACAAGGAAUAGCGGCCCAGCGAAUCGAAAGCUACCCACCUCGAAGGCGCAUGCCUCCACGAGUCGUCAGUUUAAAUGCGAGAAGUGCGCUGGCACCUGGAAGAAUGACGUGGGAUUAAAGUACCACCUUGAAAAAUCGCAAACUCCUUGCAACCCUUCCUUCAAGCCUCGACCUCCACCGACGCCCCCGGACGCUACCCUUUCUACCAGCAAGCGUCACGUAUUCAACGCAAAGAAAUUAUGCAGAACGAAUAAGGGACCUUCUUCGAGUUACGUGUUUGUCAAUGGAAGCGGAAGGGGAGAUGAGUCCCCAAACACUGCUACCCGGCCAACCAGGAAGGAACCUCGCCAGACAGCUGAAUCUGAAACUGUCAAUGAAGACAUAUCUAUUCUUUCCGGGCAAGUAGGGCUUCUGACUGUCAUACCAACGAUUCCGCCGCGCCAGGUUGACCCUCUUACAAAAGCUCCAACAAGGCAGUCUACCGUGCCCUGUCAACUUCGCAGUAUGUCAGAAGACUCCGAAGCACCCCCAGGUUUUGCAGAACUGCCAGAUCUCACAUCUGAAGUGCCGGAGAGUCGCCCUGCUACUCUUACCUCAGCCACUCCCCCAGGCUCUUCUCUGCCCGCUGAGAUUGUCAGAGAGAAAUCAGAGAAACCGCGAAUCAAACACAAAGCCCGCCAUGAACUUUUGAACAUUAUCACGGAGCUUUUACACCAACACAGCGGUGUGCUUCCAACGGGCCAGUCACUCGAGCUUUUGGUAAAAGAAAAAUGGCAGACACAGCAUCUUAAAGGAGACAUCCCCACUGGAGCAAGGGUCAAGUCGGUAAUGCUACAAAUGAUUCGAGAGAAAAAGAUUGUCGAUCAGUGGCACGCGUUCAGGACACCUGAUGGAAGAAUAGGAAAAUGUCAAAUCAUUACGAUUCCGUCAGUUCCGGCGUUCGCCCCGGAGACAAGGACUCUGGUUGAAAGCAUCCGGCAACUUUAUCCCACGAACAUUCUCCCACACCAGAUACCCGGAUCUCCCCACGUGCCCCAGGACACAGAAACCCCCAAGGAGGACGAGGAAGAUGAAAUGGACAUGGCGACAACGCCCCAGUUUGACAACAAGGUUGGUGGGCGAGGUAGAAGGUCCCUUGCGGCCGAUGUUGCGAUUUUGAGCGCUCCAGUAUAUGCAGCGCAGAUAGCGACGAAGCGAGUCGCCGACUCUAGCGAGAUUCCAAGCUCUCCAGCGAAACGCAGACGCCAUGCGGAAGCGCCAACUCAUGGUGCGGAUGGGCGUCAGAGUCAGCAAUUCUGGCCGGUCGCUGCCGUCUCGGCCCCCUCGAGUAAGGCCCAACAACUUCGUCUAUCUGCCUGCACUGGAAUUACUUUGGAUAUUUCACUAGAAGAUGCCCAAAAAGCUUACAGCAUUACUGGGACUGACCCCCAACUCUCGAUUCGCAAUAGCACGGCUCAUGGUUUCGAAUGCCUAGCCGCAUCAAUGCAACAAAGCGGAUGGAUUGCGGGCUCAUGCUGGUUUUCAUGGGCAUCGUGUUAUCAAAUCCCCUCUCAAGCCUCCCAAACGCCCUACGACGAUCGCUCGCAGCACGAUUACUUUGCUGAAAACCUGAAACUGUGUAUGGAUAUUGAAAUGAAUAACGGCUUCGAUGUGCGAUUACCUACCGAGGUACGCUCUGUUUUCAUCAACUUCCUCGGUGGUGAUACUGGAAACCAUGUACGGAUGCCCUGCAUACAAUGGAACAAGUCGGAUAAGCAACCGAGCAAAACAUCCGCAGUCAAUCUUACAGCGGAUGAUAACACAUCGUGUUCCUCCCCCGCCAGCCUGGCAGAAGAACCGGAGCCACAAUCGCGCGGUGCACAGGAAUCUCCUGAUCCCUACUCUGUUGCUGCUCCUCAAGCCGCGCCGACGCCAUCGAAACGCGUUGUGCUAGCUGCGCGAAACCUCAUGCCUCUUGCGCCUGAUGUGAAUGAACAGAGGCCGUUGGCAGGAGGCCGAGGCAAAGUUGACGAUAAUGAACUUGUAGCAGCAUUUGUGAUCAUCCGCAGUCUGCUUGGUGGUGUAGACAAGCUCAUCGAUUGGGGUCUGCUGUCUCACUUAUUCCCGACAAUUGGAUUACAAUCGCUACGACGGUUUUGGGCUAGAAUUCGCAAGGAAAAGGGCCCGUUACUCUUGAAAGCGACCCAGGAUUUCCAAGAACGUUUCAUCGUCGCGGUUCAGAACGAUGAGGUAGCGAUUCCAGACUACGACCGGCUAUUGGAUUAUAACUGGAAAGGCCUUUUUAAAUGGGCUAUGCAGCACCCCAACCAGGAGCAGCUACAACUUCCUGCCUCAAGGGAAAGUCUCCUCCAUGAGUUUGAGCUUGAAGAUGUUGAUAAUAACAGUGAGGACUGGAGGGAAAAGUUUUUCCAUCCACAGUCAUCGGUCUAUUCUCGAUUCGAGGCGGCUACACUCCAGCCUGGGUCACUGACAGUUUCGGAAGUUGCGCAAAUGUCCAAGCUGCAGCCAACACUCAGCACUGUUGAUAUUGCCCGAUCCUGGAUCCGUUCGCUAUGCUGCACUAGUGAGACCGAAUACACGCCUCAAGAUGUCAAAGAAAGAUUCUCGAUGCUUUCAGAAGAUGCACUGCAACGAAGCAGUAUAGCUCUCAAGACAGCCAUCGACCAGCUGACGAAGGAGAGAGUCAUUUGCAAAAGCAAGCGAACACCGUUUGGUGGACGGCCGUAUAGGCUAAAUGAGGGGUAUACGUCUGUUCUUACAAAGGUCUCGCACAGAGAAAAGUACCUGGAUGCAGUCUUCUUCAAAAAUGAAAUCGACAAGGCUUUCCGAAGCGACAAGAUCAUGAAAGUGCCCUACACAUUGUCUGACGGCGCAAUGAUGGCGCUGAUCAAUCUAAUCGCCACUGAGCGGAUACGAAUAAAGGCAACAGAAGUCCCAAACAUACCCUUUGGCUUUGAGCCAGGCAACUAUGAAAGUCGCAAGUACCCGAAAUCUUAUUACCAUAUGGACUUGGAGGUUCAGCCUACCCAGACAUAUCUAUUCAACGACGACAUUGAUGUACUGAGACAAGUUCAACGGGUCGGUCCGCCAAGAGAAGGCCGCAAACGCGAGAUACCGCAAUGGAUUGACUUCUUCGGCAAGCUUGACGAGCAGCGAUGGGCGGAUAUUUUGGGCGCCGUCAGUUUCGUGUUCAACACGAGAGGCGCCGUAUCCGUCAGGGGCAUUUGUGAUGCCGUCGCGCCAAUACUUGACGAGUUCGAAGCGCAGCUCAUCAUCUCUUGGGGGCUCAAGACCGGAGUGUUCGUCAGAGCAAGGAAAAGUUCCGAAAUCACGCUGGGAGAGUGGUGGUGGUUGGUUGCACAUCGCCUGCCAAGUUGA